AUGCUUGGGGGCUGGGGCUGGGGGGCUUGGGGAAUACCCAACAUCAUAUUUUCUUCCGCAUUCACAAUCUCCGCAUUCACAAUCUCCGCAUUCACAAUCUCCGCAUUCACAAUCAAGACCACGACUUUUGGGGCGCCGAGAGGAGUGCCAUAUCGUUCAGGCCGUGGCAUCGUAGCUACGUCAGACUUGGAGCCCGGGCAACUUGUUCUCAUCUCGAGGCCCCUGGCAUAUGUCACGUGUCCUAUGGGAGCCAUUCCUUCGGCAGAGGACCUGGCCGCCGUCACUGACGAGGGCCCCAACAGCGGCAGCGCCGCUGCCGCCACUGCGGCUGGCUGUGGCGAGGUGGAGGUCAUCGGCCAUUUGGGCCUUUUCCCGUCCUUCAGUUUCCUGAAUCACUCCUGUCUACCCAACGCGGUCAACUUUGUGGUGGGUGGCAUUAUGGUGGUGGUGGCCGCGCGGAAGAUACGGCAGGGCUCCGAAGUGCUCAUCAACUAUCUAGGGCGCGCAUCGUUGCGGCCUGUGGGCGAGCGACAAGGGCAGCUGGCUGAGGGGUAUCACUUCUCCUGUGACUGCCCGCGGUGUCGUACGGAGCUUCUGUACGGCUGUACGGACGCCAGCCGUACAGCAGCGGCUGCCGCCGGCAGCGGCGGCGAUGGCACCGCCGCCGCUCUGGGCGCCCUACUCAGCAGUGUACAAGAAGACCUUACGAACUGGGAGGAGCUCGUUCGACGGGCGGAUUUGCCCGCGGCGGCGGCGGCGGCGGCGGCGGCGGCGGGGGAGGAGGAACAUCGGCAAUGGCUGCGUGCAAGCGCGUUUGACCUCUACGGGCAAUACGUCGCGCUGGCGGAGGCGACCGGGCGACGGUGGGAGGCGCUGACGGUUGUACGACAGCAGGUGGCGAUCUGUGACGCAGUGGCACCGGCCAGCGACCUGCAUAUGUACUUAGAAGUGAAGCGGGCACUCCUAGCCCAGUCGCAGCAGGGGAAGACGGCGGCGGAGGCGGCUGUAUCGGUGGCAGCGGAGGGGAUGGCUAUGGGGCAGGCGGCGGCGGAAGAGCAGGACAACGGGACAGGGACGGAGUGCGACGGGGGGGAAGAAAAUGGGUGGCAGCGAUGUAUUGAGUUGCUGCGGCGGCGGUACGGCAACGGGCUGUCGGACGCCACGUUGGCGAUGCUCCUGCGCGGGGCAGUGUACGGCCUGUCGCAGGUUGCGCUGUAG